CCCCAUAAAGCUUUACCGUAUUUGCACUUACUGGUAUAGUAAUCUCUGACUCUGUCCAACCAAAUACCAAAUUCUUCUUAGCUUCCCAACUGAAUUCCUUCACCUCUCUCUCUCUCUCUCUCCUAAAUCCCACAUAGAACCAAACCCAUCUCAGCUUCUUAUCUAUAUCUCCUCCCAGCAAGCACACAACUCAUACUCAUCCAUAUUUCCCAUCAAUAUAAAGAGACAGAGAAGAAACACUUUAUCGAAAAAGAAAAAACAAAAUGAAUAGUUUUGUUGCUCAAAGACAAGACUCAUUGAAAAGAAGAUGGCAAGAAAGGAGAUUAAUGGUUGGUGCAACUCCAAUUACUUCUUCUGGACCCUUCACUAUGGGAAACCCUAAAAGCAACAAUCUUAUUCAAGGAUUCCCUGCAGGGCUGGAUGAUGAUGAUCUCGUUUCCACGGUGGUUCCACCGGUGACAGUCGUGCUCGAAGGCCGUUCGAUCUGCCAGCGCAUCAGUCUUCAUGAGCAUGCAAGUUACCAAAGCCUAGCUAAGGCCUUGAGGCAGAUGUUUGUGGAUAUAGGUGACAGUACUAAUGGAGUCGCUAAUUCGGAGAGCAAUGAUCAUCUUGAUCUGUCUAAUGCUAUUCCCGGUCAUCUCAUUGCUUAUGAAGACAUGGAAAAUGAUCUCCUUCUUGCCGGUGACCUUAAUUGGAAGGAUUUUGUACGAGUGGCUAAGAGAAUUCGAAUACUGCCAGUGAAGUCAAACUCAAGGAAGGGAAGAGGGGUGGCAUAGCUCGCUGAUUUUUGGCAUUUUUUGGUUGGUAUUGGCAAGAAAGUCAAGAAGUUACAUAAUUCAAAAACCAAAAAUUAAUUAUUGGAACUUGUAAUGUCAUGGUAGGCCUUGGAAGCAUAUGUAUGUGUACUUUUCUAAGUGUAAAGCUCCUUGUUUCCUUAUAUCAUGAAUAAAUUACUCGAUAAAUUAUUACUAGUCCAAAAAAGUUUAGGUUACUGAAAAUAUGAAUUUAUUCCUCACAAAAAUGGAUUUUCGGAUUUUCUCUUCUCAUCAAAGUUUGUUUUCCACUACUCAGAAGUUAGAUAGAGAGAAGAUAAGUUUCCUUAGAAGAGUACAACCUCUCCCUUAAUGAUGUAUCUAUUUUUCAUUUACCUCAAUUUCUUUUCUUGGCAGGUAGGAAA